AGGCGGAGCUACGAGCAGCAGAUCGCUUUCUCUCCUCUCCUCUCCUCUCCCGGAUCAACUAGGAAUACCAAAGGAGACCACCCGGACCGAAACAAGACAGGACUAGAAUGACCACAGAAACCCAGUAAAUCACCCGUGACCUGCUACCCACCUGAGCUGCAGACCUGGCGGUGGGAGCAAAGGCACAGAAGGGAACCUCCUCCCGGCUCAGGCCAGCCCGUACGGAACUACAAUUCCCGGCAGCCCCUGCUGACGGCACUGCGCUGCACGAAUGUUCCGCGUCUGCGCAGUGGUGGUAACUCCACUUAAACAUUGUUCCCGCCAAUUCGUUCAGGGAUUCUUCCGGCCAUCAAUUCCGCGCCCCAUGGAGACGUUUAACCCCGCGGAGCUGCCGGAGCUGCUUAAACUUUAUUACCGGAGGCUAUUUCCCUACGCCCAGUACUACCGCUGGCUCAACUAUGGUGGAGUGAUAAAGAAUUACUUCCAACACCGUGAAUUUUCAUUCACUUUGAAAGAUGAUAUUUACAUUCGAUACCAAUCCUUCAACAACCAAAAUGAUCUGGAAAAGGAGAUGCAGAAAUUUAAUCCAUACAAGAUUGAUAUAGGCGCUGUAUAUUCACACAGACCCAAUCAACAUAAUGCAGUGAAGCUAGGCGCUUUCCAGGCUCAGGAAAAAGAACUAGUGUUUGAUAUUGACAUGACAGACUAUGAUGAUGUGAGGAGAUGCUGUAGUUCUGCAGAUAUCUGUUCUAAGUGCUGGACCCUCAUGACGAUGGCCAUACGCAUCAUAGACCGAGCUUUGAAGGAGGACUUCGGAUUUAAGCAUCGUCUCUGGGUCUAUUCUGGAAGGAGAGGUGUUCACUGUUGGGUCUGUGAUGAAUCAGUUAGGAAAUUGUCCUCUGCAGUCCGCUCUGGGAUAGUUGAGUAUUUAAGUCUUAUAAAGGGUGGUCCAGAUGUUAAAAAGAAAGUUCACCUAAAUGAAAAAAUUCAUCCUUUUGUCAGGAAAUCUAUAGACAUAAUUAAAAAAUAUUUUGAAGAAUAUGCCUUGGUUGGACAAGAUAUUCUUGAAAAUAAAGAAAGCUGGGAUAAGAUUUUAGCCCUAGUUCCUGAAACAGUUCAUGAUGAACUUCAACAAAGCUUCCAAAAGCAGCACAACUCACUUCAGCGUUGGGAGUAUUUGAAGAAAGUGGCCAACAAAUAUCAGCCUAACAGCAAGAAUGACAAGUGUGGACCAUGGCUUGAAUGGGAGAUCAUGCUCCAGUACUGUUUUCCUCGGCUGGAUAUCAAUGUUAGCAAAGGAAUCAAUCACUUACUGAAGAGCCCUUUUAGUGUUCAUCCUAAAACAGGUAGAAUUUCUGUGCCUAUUGAUUUACAAAAAGUGGAUCAAUUUAAUCCAUUUACUGUUCCAACCAUCAGCUACAUCUGCCAUGAAUUAGAUACCAUUUCUCCUAAUGAAGAUGAAAAAGAGAAAAAUGAAGCUGAAUCUGAUGUCAAACAUAGAACUAGAGAUUAUAAGAAGACCAGUCUAGCUCCUUAUGUAAAAGUGUUUGAACAGUUUCUUGAAAACCUGGAUAAAUCACGAAAAGGAGAACUUCUCAAAAAGAGUGAUUUACAAAAAGACUUCUGAAGAUAGUGACAAACCAACAUGGAUAUCCUCUACCUUCAACCAACAAUCAAAUACUUCAAGAGCUGUUUAAUACAUAU